ACGUGUAAGGUAAUAGGUUACUUUCAUUAUCAUCACCGAGGAAAGUAGUCACAGGUUACUCCAGGCCAGGAGCUUCACUUACAGUGCUCCACAAUUGACGCUGAGAACGCAGGCGGAGGCUUUCCACGGCAACAGGAGCUAUGGCGACGGCUAUUCUCGCAGAAAUAUCUCUGUUCUGGCUGGACGCUGAGUUUCAUUGACUACAGGAGCUCACAGGACGGUUAGCCGGGCAGUCAUGUCACCCUUCAGCUGAUCACCGACCCCAAGCCGAGAAAGAAGAGGUUUGGAUAUGUUGCCCCACAUGGAGUGGGACCCAGCAGAUGAAGACCUGGAACUGCUGGCGGACGAGCCUCCUCUCACCUUGGAAUCUCUUCAGUCGAAGCCCAGAACGAGCAACAUCUCAGAGAAUGAGUUCUCGUGCCACUGUUGCUACGACAUCUUGGUCAACCCAACCACCUUGACCUGUGGCCACAACUUCUGCCGCCACUGCCUGGCCCUGUGGUGGGAGUCUUCACGCAAGAACGAAUGCCCAGAGUGCCGGCAGAUGUGGGAAGGCUUUCCUAAGAUCAACAUAAUGCUAAGGGAUGCAAUUGAGAAGAUUUUCCGAGAGGUUGUACACAGGAGGAGAGCAGAGAUCCAAAAAAACCCCCAAGUCUCCCGGAGCUUGUUGGCUUUUCAGAGGUAUGGUGACAAGGUGGGUAGACCCAGGACAAGGCAGCAUAGAGGAGCAGGUUUCUUCUUCUCUGGAGUCUUAACUGCACUGACAUGUGUGGCUGUGAUGGUGCUGGUGUACCACUGGGGCAGCGGAGUAUUGGAGCAGCACGACUUGUUGAUUAGUAAGCCGGUGUCUCAUUGGACACCAGAAGAGGUGGUUUCAUGGCUGGAGCAGCUGGGCCCGUGGACCGAGAACUACAGAAAACCUUUCCAGGUGGAGAAUGUCAAUGGAAGGUUACUUUUGAUGCUGGGAGACGAAGAGCUGGUAAAACCGCCGUUCAACAUAGAGAACCAGACACACAGACGUGCUGUUUUAGCAGAACUGGAGCGAGUUAAAGCGCUGGGGGUCAAACCUCCGCAGAACCUCUGGGAAUACAAAGCGGCCAAUGCAGGAAAAUCUCUGUUCUUGCUGUACGCACUGAAACGCUCCCCUCGUCUCACCAUUUUUUAUUUGUAUUUAUUCGAUUAUUCCGAGACAUUUCUGCCCUUCCUGCACACCUGCUGUCCGGCCAUCACACACAUCAACAACACCGUGGAGAGCCGAUUCCUCCACACACAGGUGGAGCCCAGCUGGCAGCAGUGGGGGGAGUUUCUCGUGAAGUACUUCAUGCUUCCAUACCAGCUGAUUGCGGAGUUCGCCUGGGACUGGUUGGCGGUCCACUACUGGACGUCCCGCUUCAUCAUCGUCAAUACCGUUCUGCUCACAAUGCUGGAGGCUUUCACUCUGUGGAGGCUCUGGACCACAGCCCCCGUCAGGACUCUGCCACAGAAGACGUGGAACCACCUGUGGAAGAUGCUCUCUCAGGGAUUCGCCUUUGCCCUCCUGUGGCCUUUUAUCCCACAGUUUGUGUGCAACUGCUUUUUUUACUGGGCCCUCUACUUCAGUCCCAUCAUUAACAUAGACCUGGUGGUGCAGCAGCUGAUGCACCCGGAGACACGGGCCCGAUAACAGACUGCAUAUGUCAGUGCCUACGCUAUGCUGUAGAGUUGACAGGAACCUAAAUAAAGCCCCGUCUGAAGUCCAA